GCCGCGGCGAGCGGGCACGGGCAGUCGCUAGCACGUUGGUAGUGGGCGCGGUUGGCGGGGCCUGGGGCGAGAGGGGCGAGUGUCCGCCUGCGGCCCCAGGGUUCCGGCGCCCUGUCCCGCGCUUCGCCAGGUCGCUCUCCUGAGUGACACCGCUGUGGUAUCCGAGGACCUGUCGUCCGGCCUGUGCGGCGGGAAGCGGCGUCGGUCCCGACGAUCCAAUAGUUUCUAUAGAAGCUGAAAUCUAUCACCAUUCUUCAAAAUGCAGUGGAAUAUACCAUGGACUGUAUCUCGACUGGCACACAGGACAUGCUUAGAACCACAUAAAGCUGCUGUUUUUGGACACUGUCAAAACAUAAAUGGACUAUUACUUUUGCAUAAUGCUGAAUCCAAAGUGGGUUUGGUUCGAGGCCCUCAGAGACAAUGGUUGCACUUAUGUGCUGCCCAGUGUGUUGCAAAGGAAAGGAGGCCAUUGGAUGCUCAUCCACCCCAUCCCGGGAUCCUUCACCAUAAACAAUGGAAGCAAGAUGUUUUAUCCAAGAGGGUUUUAUCUUCCAGUGCUCCAGCCCAAGGAACUCCAGAAAAAAAGGAAGAGUCUGAUCCUUUACAAGACAAAUCUAUUAGUCUGUAUCAGCGAUUUAAGAAAACAUUUAGACAAUAUGGAAAAGUUUUGAUUCCAGUGCAUCUAAUAACUUCUUGUGUUUGGUUUGGAACAUUUUAUUAUGCAACCCUAAAAGGAGUGAAUGUUGUUCCUUUUCUGGAACUCAUUGGGUUACCUGACAGUGUGGUAAACAUCCUUAAAAAUUCCCAGAGUGGAAACGCAAUAACAGCAUAUGCCAUGUUUAAGAUUGCAACACCCGCCCGAUAUACUGCGACUCUGGGAGGAACGUCCAUUACUGUAAAGUAUUUGCGCAGUCAUGGUUACAUGUCGACACCACCACCUGUUAAGGAGUAUCUACAGGACAGGAUGGAAGAGACUAAGGAGCUCAUCACAGAGAAGAUGGAAGAAACAAAGGAUAGACUUACUGAAAAGUUACAAGAAACCAAAGAAAAAGUUUCUUUUAAGAAAAAAGUGGAAUAGGGUGCCUUAUAUAACAGGGUAUAGAAAAUUCCUACACUUUAACCCUUUGGAAACUGGGCAAAGAUAUAUGCUUCUGAUUAUUUUUUGGUUAGUUGCCUAAAUAUACUUGUUCUCUGAGGGUUAAAGAACUAAGAUAUCUUUUUAAAGUUAAAUAUUAGUAGAAAAAUCAGUGUUUUUUGAAAAGAAGAAGAAUUUCAUAUCAAUGGCAGCAUUAAGCAGUGGUUAAUGUCUUAUAUGUCAGAGUUCUUCUUCAAGGUCUUCAGAAUCAUAUUUGCUUUGUGUUUUGUUGCCACCUGUAAUUUAUACAGACUAGGCAAUUGAAUCCUUGAAUAAGUGAUGUGACCCAUAGGCUGUUAAUACAGGAUCUUAAUCUUUUUUAUUCAUUAAGGUUGUAACUAUAUUCAGUUCUUAAUGUGGAGACAAACUAGCAUCAUCAAAACUGCCUGUGAAUGGAAGGGUAUUUAGUCUUUAUAAAAACAGUAUAUAAGUUAAAUACAGUUAAAAUACAGACCUUAUAUGAUGAAAAUUGAAUAAAAAUUCAGCCAUAUAUAUGUAAAUAAGAUGUAUUAGUUAUAUGUAAAUGAAAAUCGACCCUUUAAAAAUGAUUUUUACUUGAAGCUUGUCAUAAUCAGUUUUUUAAAGCAAAUAUAUAUGGCAAUAGUACUUUUUCAAACUUGUGUACUGGUGGUGAUCACCUCACACAUAAAACUUUAUUGUGAGUUGUUUGCGUCCUCUUCAACUCGUAUUUCAGAGGGAAGGUAAAAAAUCAUUAUAUUUUAAAUUUGUCGUUGAAGUCAAAUAUUCUUCAGCAGCAACUCAAACUCAUGUUUCUCGGCAGAAAAAGGUUGGGGGCUUACUCUGCCUGGGGUGGGGACGGGCCUUGCCUCAGCGAACCAGUACAAUUUUCUCAUGUCUUAUUUUCAGAGUUAGUGUUUAUUUCAUUCUGGAGUAAAUUUUAAAAUUAUAGCUGCUGCUUUUUCUCUAACAUUGAAGGAAAAUACCCUUGCUUGAGCAUUCUACUUAAUUUUAUUUUAUAGCAAAACUGUCAUUAAAUUAUCUGCUUGGAAUGAAAUUUAGCUGUUAUCAGAUAUGAACGUUGUGGAGAUUGUGGGUGUGUUUGAGUAUGUAUGUGUCUGUUUCCUUUUGUUCUAUGUUUACUUCUGUUCUAACCUUGGAAUUGUUAAUUGGAGGAGGGCAUGGCUUCCUUGUAGAUUGUCGUUGUUUGGACUUACCUGCUGGGGCAAGAGAAUAUCAGAGAGUUUGCCACAUAGUCACAUGGGGAUCUCUGCUGUUCAUUAGGAUCUUAGUUUGGCCAAAUUUAGAGAUUACUUUAAAGGGGAAAAAAUUUACAUUUGAUACAUCUGAUCAUUAUAUUGGAACACUUUUUAAAUGAAUAUGCUGUGGUUGGAAUCUUUCUUUUCUUCUAGGGAUGGGGAGAGUCAUGGGAGAGUGCUGCCAUGUGUCUCUGUUGCCCGCAGACUUGGGCAAGAGCACUGUUUGUCUCCUGAUGCAGGAGAAUUAAGUACACUAUUUCACAUUGUUGGUGCAUUUUCAAAUCCAAACGUGAUUAACAUGUUUUAGCAUGUUUAUUAAAUUCACAUUUUUAUAGAUAUUAAAUAAGAUAUUAUCAAAUUUCUUGUUCUUUUUUAACUUAUGCAGAAAAACUUCUGUGUUAAAAUCUUCCUUCUCCUUUUUACAUUGCACAGGGCAUAUUUUCCAGUGGGGAUAAAUUGGGGCUUCCUGGAAGUUACUAAUAAUCUUGAGACUAAAAUUUGCUUUUCCUGAGCAGACAUCUUUUAUUCAGUCCAUUUGAGGUUUGUUGCAUCCAGUUUCAUAAUUGUGUUUGUCCAGUUACAGAAAAUGAGGUACUGCUUUAUGAGGACUUUGAAAUUCUCUGGUAAAAAUCCUCUGAAGAUGUGGGAAGUUCUGUCGUCAUCAUUUGACACCAGGAUUUAUCCAAAAAUGCUCUUGCUGGCAUAUUGCUGACCUAGUCCUUAAGGCAAACUGCAAAUAGCUUAAACAGGGACCCCUGUCAUAUGUUGAGUUUGGAAUAUUAAUAGACUGACAAUAUAGUAACGUAUGCCAAGUUAAAUUAUGGAGAACAUAUAUAUAUAUAAUAAGUAUAGUUUUGCUGUGUAUAGUAGACCUCAUUUCAUUUGUAGUAAAUCUUGCACUUGGUACGGACCGGGUAUGGAGGCACCUGUGGCUGAGAUUAGCCUACAUAAAAUGCAAAAAAAGGGUUUGUUCAGCAAAUUAAUAAUUGAGAUAAAAGAUGGGAGUAGGUAAGAGAUUCAAUCUAUUCAAGAGUAUGGGCAAAACCAACCUUUUAAAGUACCACAUCCAAAAAAAUGUCUUUGAUUGAGACAGCCUUUUGUAUACAGCAGGGUGCUGUUUACAGAUUUCAACAAAAGAGAAAAAGAUUACUUAUAUUGAGAUUACCUUCCUCCUAGUAAUGAAGAUAAUAAAAUGAUGCCUUCGAAUAUAA